CCUGUGAAUGUUAUCAUAUUUAUGAAAAAUAGCUUAAAAUAGACCCAACCGCAUUCCGAGCACAUGCCUAAUGCAUGAGCGGGCGGUUAAAAAAAUGCAUGGCAAGAGCGCCCCAUUUGCAUGGGAGGCGCGCGCGCGCCUCAUAAACCUUUGCAUUAUGCAAUCCGCACCGCCUACAUCCAGCGAUUGAUUAAAGCCGGGGUCAAUCCGAUGCAUGUAUUCAAAAGGGGGGGGACUGCGCCCCCGCUGCCACUGUCCGGAAAACAGCGGCAUCCGCUUUUCCGCUCGAGCACAAGCCACUUUGUGGGUUAGUUGGACAUCCAGGGGCGUGCCCCCCUUUUGGCCUGAGCCGAUGGGCCAUGCUAACGACCGUAACAGAUCCCGAAGCGGAUUUCGGUGGCCGCCACGUGGCCCCACACCCAAUCCCGAAAUGUCCCAUAAUUGAAUAACUCGGAAUACAUCCAUGGGUAAGUGGCUGAUGCAAAUGGGGCUCGGAUCGGCGCUUAAAAGCGCGAGCGGCCGACGAGCGGAGGCAGACCGCCAGUCUCCAGCCCCAAGUGCGCGACGAUGCCCCUGACGUUGCUCACCGCCAGCCUCGUGCUGUUGCUCGUGCUCAUCGUGGUCGGCAUUGUCCGCAAGCGGCCCCCAGGCGCCGCCCGGGAACCCCCGAUGCCGCUGCGCCUGCCCAUCAUCGGGCACCUGCACUUGCUGCGCGGCUACUCGGUGCCCUACCAGGCCUUCACUGCGCUGAAGCUGCGCUACGGCCCAGUGGUGAGGCUGCAGCUGGGCGCCGUCAAGUGCGUGGUGGUGAACGGGCAGCGCCACAUCCGGGAGGCGCUGGUCACGCGCGGCCACCACUUCGACUUCCGCCCCAACUUUGAGCGCUACCAGCGCCUGUUCGCCGGCAACAAGGAGAACUCCCUGGCCUUCUGCGACUGGUCCAGCACGCAGAAAGCGCGCCGCGACAUGCUCAAGGCGCACACGUUCCCGCGCGCCUUCACCGCCCAGUUCCAGCGCCUGGAGGGGCUGGUCGUGGAGCAGACCGGGCGCCUGGUGCGGGCGCUCAGCGCCCACUCCACUCUGCAACUCAAGCCGCUGCUGCUCCAGACCUGCGCCAAUGUGUUUCUGAGCCACUUCUGCUCGGUGCGCUUCGGUGCUCAGAACGCCGCCUUCCUCGACCUGCUCAGCAACUUCGACGAGGUCUUUUUCGAGGUCAACCAGGGAUACGCCGCCGAUUUUCUUCCCUUCCUCAUGCCGCUCCACAGGCGAAAACUGCAGCGCCUCAGCGCCGUCACCCACAAAAUCCGCGAGUUUAUCAAUCGCGAAGUGAUCGGGGACCGAUUCGAGAGGCAUCAGCCGGACAUGGAGCCCGCCGACUACCUGGACAGUCUGAUUGGGCGCGUGAAGGCGCCCGGCAAGGAGCCGCUGGACUGGGACACCGCCCUUUUCGCCCUGGAGGAUAUUAUAGGCGGCCAUGCGGCUGUGGGCAACUUCCUGACGAAGCUGUUUGCGUUUCUGGUGGCGGAGCCCCAGGUGCAGCGGCGCAUCCAGCAGGAGAUUGACGCGCAAGUGGGCGUGGACCAGCCAGUCACCAUCUCCCACCGUCUAGUGUACACGCAGGCGGUGAUCUACGAAGCCAUUCGGCUGAUUUCGUCGCCCAUCGUGCCGCGCGUGGCCAAUCAAACCAGUGAACUCGGCGGUUACACAAUCGAAAAGGGCACGGUGCUGUUCUUGAACAACCACGAUCUGAGCAUGUCGGAGGAGCUGUGGGCGGAGCCCCAGCAGUUCCGCCCCGAGCGCUUCAUCAGGGCGGGCAAACUGUUCAAGCCCGAGUACUUUUUGCCGUUUGGCGGCGGCCGGCGCAGCUGCAUGGGCUACAAGCUGGUGCAGCUGGUGUCGCUGGGCGUGGUCGGCGCCAUCAUGCAGCGCUUCACUUUGCGGCCGCUGGGGGGCGACCUGGCCCCCUACCGCGUCCCCAUCGGCUCCUUGGCCCUGCCCAAGGACAGCUUCACCUUCCAACUGGAGAAGCGGUGACGCCCGGCGGACACUCCUCCCCCCAUUUUGCAGUAUUACGCACGCCCCCUUCGGCCCCUUAGACUGUAAACACGCAAUAAAGAACUGAACUCCA